AUGGAUUUGAUAUCGACAUCGUUGCACCAUUGUUCGAAGCGAAUGGAGCCGAGUAGCGUAACGUCUGAGCAAUUGCUGAUUGCGUCAACGUCUGUGCCUGCCAUCAAGAUAUCAACGACUUUUUUAACGCAAACGCCGGUAAAAACGGAACAACAAAUUCUGGAAAACUCGAUGUCGGAAGAUGACCCAAAUGCGAACAGCACAAGUCACGUACAACAAAAGGAGAAGGCGGCACGAUGGGGUCCCAAUCACAAGGGAGCGCAGGAAUUAGCGGGGCUUUACAGUAAAGGGAAACGAACUCAGGAAAUAGUUUGCGUUUGUUGUUGCAUCACUCUGAUGAUCGUCAACUUUAUCUUCAUCAUUCAACAUUUUCGCUUGGAGCGAGUCAGCGCUGUGAUAAUCGGAGCUCUUUGUGGUAUUUUAACGGCAGAUUUGGGUUCGGGCAUCGUUCAUUGGGGCGCCGAUACAUGGGGAUCUGUGGAGUUGCCGAUAAUUGGAAAGGCAUUUUUACGUCCUUUCCGCGAACAUCACAUCGAUCCAACAUCAAUCACGCGCCACGACUUUAUCGAAACGAAUGGCGAUAACUUCAUGAUAGCGAUACCGAUUCUACUGAAGCUCGCCUAUAAUUUUCUCGCGAAAACAGACGCCCAAAUACAAAUGGAAUAUGCAUUUAGUGCGUACCUCUUUUUGUGUUCGAUAUUCGUUGCAAUGACAAAUCAGAUCCAUAAAUGGUCACACACGUAUUGGGGAUUGCCAAAAUGGGUUGUUUUCCUGCAAGACCAUCACAUAAUUUUACCGCGUCGACAUCACAGGAUUCAUCAUGUGGCGCCCCACGAAACUUACUUUUGCAUAACUACGGGUUGGUUGAAUUGGCCUUUGGAGAAAAUACGAUUCUGGUCAACAUUGGAGACAAUCAUUGAAUUCGUGACACGACAAAAGCCGCGUGCCGAUGACUUCAAAUGGGCUCAGAAACGACUGUGA